AUGUUCAGCAUAUCUGCAUAUGUUGUUUAUUUCCUGGAUUCACAUAUCCUUGGUGCACUAAGGAGUGGGUCUUCAGAUGCCCCGCAGAGGACAUCUCCAAGGACACCACGAGCAUCUCGUGUGGCAAAAACUGGAGGGAAUGAAAAUGAUUCUACAGGAGUUACCCCGACAAGAACACCUACGGAUAGGAGCCCAAAGGUCAUUGAGAGGCGGUCUCCACGAAGCCCAAUUACUGAGAAGAAGCGCCCCAGUAGGCUAUCUGAAUUGGAGUCCAAGGUCAGCCAGCUGCAGGAUGAACUGAAGAAGGCCAAGGAGCAACUUAGUUCAUCAGAGGCACGAAGGCGCCAUGUGCAGCAGGUAGCCGAGGAAGCAAAAAUGCAAGAGCAGGCUGCAACCUCGAAGCUGGAGGACUUGCAGCGCCAGCUUGACGAGUCCUCGGCUGCAGAGGAAUCCCGUCUCCAGGAACUGCGCAAGAUCUCACAGGAACGUGACCGUGCCUGGGAGUCAGAACUUGAGGCAGUACAGAAGCAGAAAUCAGUAGAUGCCGCAGCACUCAGCUCAGCCAUGUCCGAGAUUUCAAGGCUGAAGCAGCAGCUGGAGGCUUCAGCAGAGUCUGAAGCAGCCCGUGUGAAACAAUGCGAGUAUGUGGAAGCUGAGAUUGAGGGCUUAAAGCAGGAGAUGGAGAUCCGCCUAGCGACCAUCGAGGGCCUGAAGGUCAAUGUCAGUGAGAGUGACAAGGCCGCGGCUGAGGCAAAUGCCAUGGCAAAUGAGACUAAGCAGCAGCUGGAGACAGCAAAGGCUACCAUUGACUCACUUGUAGCUGAGGGUGUCCGCAUGCAAGAAUGCCUGAGGUCAAAGGACAUGGAGCUCAAUGACUCCAAGGUUCGCAUAGCAUCGCUCCAGGAAGAUCUGAAGAAGGCACAGGACAUGGCCAAUACUGAUGUAAGCUUUGGCAACCCUGAGCCUGAAUCUCUGAAGAAGGUGCUGAUGACCACUAGUGACGCCGAUGCCAAUGGGAGCUGUGAAAGUUCUGACCCAGAGAUUGAACAGUUGCGAACUGCUCUUGAGGUUGCUGAGAUCAGGUACCAGGAGCAGCAAACUCGGAUGACUGUCGAGACUAAAGGUUUGUACGAGAUACUGGAGAGUGUGAAGGCUGAGAGCGCCCGCAAACUGUGUGAGCUUAGGCUCGAGCUGAAGAGCAAGAACGAUGCACUCAUGGAGGCAAUGGCAGGAGCCUGUGCAGCGGGCAAAGCACAGCAGGAUCCUCACAGGUCAGACGUCAUGCAGCAGCCGGAGCUGGAGGCGAAGCUGAUGAAGUCGAUCACGGUCGUCGCGGAGCUGAAGGCGUGCCUGAUGGACAAGGAGAACGCGCUGCAGAGCCUAGCGGAGGAGAACGAGACCCUGAAGGCGCAGGCGGGCAGGACGGAGGCGGAGCUGCAGCACAAGUACGAGGCGGCAGUGGCGGAGCUGGAGCUGGCCAAGGCCGCGGAGCAGGACGUCCGGAUGCGGCUGGGGCUGGUGACCGAGGAGGCGGACAAGAGCAGCCGGCGCGCAGCGCGGGCCUCCGAGCAGCUGGAUGCGGCGCAGGCGGCCAGCGGGGAGAUGGAGGCGGAGCUGCGGCGCCUGCGCGUGCAGUCCGACCAGUGGCGCAAGGCCGCGGAGGCGGCCGCCGCCGUGCUCGGCGGGGGUGGGGAGAAGAACGGCAGCUGUGGGAGGACAGUGGAGAGGACCGGGUCGCUGGAGCCAGAAUACAACAACUCCAUCGGUGGGAAGCUGAUGAGUUCGCCGUUCUCGGACGAGGUGGACGAGGCGUCGCCAAAGCGGCGGAACAGCAGCGGCGGCGGCGUGCUAAGGAGGAUGAGCGGACUCUGGAAGAAGAGCCCCAAGUGA